CCGUCUGCUCCGCCCCCAAAGCGAGCGCCUCCCGGAAGUUGGCGGUGUUGGAGCCACGAUCCGGGAGCGUGAGUUGGGGCGGCGGCGGAACGCGGCGGACCUGCAGGGCUAGGGCAGCCUGAAAUCAUGGCAGCCCCGCAGCCCCUGGCGCGGCAGCUGGAGCAGCUGUUGGACCCGCGGCCGAUAGAGGCGGACCCGGAGGCGGACCCCGAGGAGGCUACAGCUGCCCGAGUUAUUGACAGAUUUGAUGAGGGUGAAGAUGAAGACAGUGACCUCCCUCGUGUGGGAAGUAUUAGGAAAAGGGCCUUUGCCUCUCUCUCAGAUACGGACAAACGAUAUUCAGGCAAAAUCACUUCUCGAAAGGCUUUGAAAGAAGAUCUGUGGGAGCAACCUCAAUUAGAAGUGUCCGACAGAGAAGCAUCUGAUGAAGAGUCAGGGAGCACAGGGCUGGUGGAGUCUGAUGAGGAGCAGGAAUCCAGUGAUGAUGAGGGGAGCAGUUUGGAAGACCAAGGCCAGAGAGAGAAGAGGAAUGCUCAUUCAUCAGGCUUUAGUUUCCAGAGCAUCAGUGACUUUGAAAAAUUUUCUGAGGGAAUGGAUGAUGUUGGCAGUGAUGAAGAGGAGGAGGAGGAGGAGGAGGAGGAAGAAGAAGAAAACGGCAUAGAAGAGGAAACUGAUGAGGAAGAAGAUGGAGAGGAAAUCCAGGAAGCUGUGCCCAAAGACAAAGAUAAUGAUGAGGCAGUGAAGACCUUCUCAGGAGGCAAAGUGUCAGAGGAAGUGGAGAAAGGCAGAGCUGUGAAGAACCAAAUAGCACUGUGGGACCAGCUUUUGGAAGGAAGAAUCAAGCUGCAGAAAGCUCUGCUGACAACCAACCAACUUCCCCAACCUGACGUUUUUCCUAUUUUCAAGGACAAGGGCAGGUCAGAGUUUGCCAGUGCCCUGAAAAACAGCCACAAGGCACUUAAAGCGUUGCUUAGGUCAUUGGUAGAUCUUCAGGAAGAACUGCUUUACCAGUAUCCAGACACACGACACCUCGUAGAUGGAACAAAACCUAAAGAGGAAAGUGAGGAAGAAAUCCCUAGUGAAGAAGAAGAAGAAGAAGCCAUGGUAGGGGAGUACCAGCAGAGGAGAGGCCCUCCCAAGAGGAAGCUGGAGAUGGAGGAUUAUCCCAGCUUCAUGGCAAAGCGCUUUGCUGAUUUCACAGCUUAUAGGAACCGUACGCUGCAGAAAUGGCACGACAAAACCAGAUUGGCUUCAGGCAAGCUUGGGAAGGGUUUUGGUGCCUUUGAGCGUUCAAUCUUGACUCAGAUUGACCAUAUUCUGAUGGACAAAGAGAGAUUACUCCGAAGAACACAGACCAAGCGUUCCGUGUACCGUGUACUUGGCAGAGCUGAGCCAGUGGCUCAACCCAUUCCCGAGAAUUUGCCAGGGCAGCCGGAAAUAGUGCCUGAAGUUAUUGCCAAUGCUCAUCUGAAGGACUUGGAUGAAGAGAUCUUUGAUGAUGAUGAUUUUUAUCACCAGCUUCUCCGAGAACUUAUAGAACGGAAAACCAGUUCCUUGGAUCCUAAUGAUCAGGUGGCAAUGGGCAGGCAGUGGCUGGCCAUCCAGAAGUUACGAAGUAAAAUUCACAAGAAAGUUGAUAGAAAAGCCAGCAAAGGAAGGAAGCUCCGGUAUCAUGUCCUUAGCAAACUACUGAGCUUCAUGGCACCUAUUGACCACACUACAAUGAAUGAUGAUGCCAGGACAGAGCUCUAUCGAUCACUCUUUGGAAAACUCGGCGGCGCCCCUGCAGAAGGCCCUCGGAAUUAACUCCCCACCAGGACCACUGGGCUCUGUCUUGUCUACUAGAGUUCAAGAGACAGCAAGAGAAUUAAAAGCUGUCUCCACAUCUCAGUGUCAGCCGCUCACCCAGGCAAAUGAUCGACAGUUCCUUAACACUGAACUUGGUCGGGGAGCUAAUGCAGUCCCUCAGGAAGCGGCUCUAACAGCACCCACUUAUAAGACCCUGUUGGAACCUCCAGGACCCUCCCUGUCCUUUUUAGAAAAUGUCUUCGGUGCUUAGUGUGGCCAAGGGAGCCGUGGCUCACAUCUAAGACGAUCACAGCCAGGGCUGUUGGUUUCGCUACUUUUAAACAUUUGGAAAGCAUCGGCUGUCAGGGACCUUCUGUUCUUCUGUUCUACCAGAACUGGUUGGGAAUUCUUCUUUCAAGCAAGAGGCUGUUUGCAUGAUGGGGGACUGCACUUAAGGAAGGAGGCCUGAGCCAUACUCUGCUUGUCCUGGUCAGAAGCUUCUCAUGGUCCCCAGCCACAGGGAGCUCUAGGAAGCUGUUCUGCCUACCCUUUUUCCACAGCUCAGAGAUAUUUGUGGAUUUUCAACUAACUAUUGAUCUCUUGACUUUCUUUUCUUUGUUUUUCCCCUCCAGCCGAUAAGAAUUCUUUCAGAAUUCUGUUCCUUUCUCACCACUCAUGACACACUUUAUUGAGGUUAACUCUGGUGUAAAUCUAGCAGGAACAGAUGAUUCACUUGUUUUUCAUCCAAAGGUCAAAAGCUGGAAAUUAAAUCCCCAUAAGGGGGAUUUAUUGGCCUGCUGUGGUCAAUCUACAAUGAAGAUGAUCGUGCAUAAGUAAUGCAUGCAUAUGGAUGGAGCAGCACGUGGAGCCAAGUGCUCAGCUGCAUCCUUGCUCUGCCCAAGUCUUUAUUUGAUGCCUUAGAGUGUAUGAAGAGCUCCUUAGACCAGCUCACAAAUAUAAUUGUUAUAAUACAGAGUCGUGGUUUGGGAAAUAAUAUUUUGGUGAUGAAACUGUCCAAACGGAAUUACAGAUUCUUAUUUUCUUAGGAAUGAAUCCUGUGUUCCAAUGGCUUUAGUAUCCAGUGACUCUUGAUUAUAAUGGUAUCCUGAGGCUGGGAUCUAGUGCAUUCAGACUUGAGUGUUACAUGGAUUGUUGUUUAUUUUUUUUUUUUACAUGCAUAUAUGUCUUUUGAGCACAGGAUGGGGGAGAAUAGAAUAGAAGAAGGUUUCCCCACUUCUAAUUAAUUGAUCUUUUUUUCAUGGUGACUUGUUUUUCCUGCCUUGAUAGUCAUCCCUUGGGUUUGAUUGUCAAGGAAAUUUAAAAUUUUCAGUGCUGGUCUAUUUCCAGAAAAUACCAAUCACCAGAAAUCUAAGACAUCACUCAAAAGGCAUCUCUUUUUUGAAUAUAAUGUAUGAUUCUUUCCAUCUGGCCUGAGGACUUCCAGGUUAUACAUUAUUAUAAUAGCAAGUAAAUAACUCUUAAGUAUUUCUCUGAACAUGACAUCAAGCUUGCUUUCUUAAAGGGAUGAGGCCUUUUGUCACUGUCAAAUUUUAUCAGGUGAAGAAUGAGAUCUAAAUAGGUGUUCCAGAAUCUUUGGAGCAAAUAUGCUUAAUUAAAGUGAAUGAAAAAUCGGGUGCAGUGUGAAAUACCGAACAGGCAAGGGGUUUUCAGCAAAGGGAGGCCCAUGUUUUAAAAUUCAGAAUACCACCCUCCUUCCAGCCAAGAAUAAAUUGGAAACUAUUUUAAUUGACACGGAUACUGCAAUUCAACUGUUACUAGAAAGACAGAUUAGUUGAUUGAUUUGCAUUUUAAUAAAACUAAUACUUUACAUUUUGGUGGCUAAUGCUGAUUUUUAAAUGAGUUCAGAGCAUUAUCUAGAGUUUCAAUCCAGAGACCUUUUUCAAUGUUGACUGAAGCAUUCUCUCUUUUGUAUGAAGUUUUGCUUAUUUUAUUAUUGACCAGCUGACUACUUAUGGCAGCUACAAACCAGGGACCAUGCGGAGCCCACCAGUACACUGUCAAAGGCAGAAAAAAGGGAGAUUUUGAGGAACCUGGUAAUGUCCAAAAUGUGGUAUCAUCCUUGACUGGCCUCCAUUGCCACAGACGGAAGUAGAGCACAGGCCUUCCCUCCUCUUCCGUCCUUUUCCUUGCUCUUUCUCAUCUCUUGGGAUCACCUUGCCAGUGUCUUGAUAAAUACUCUCACUUCCGGUUCUCUUGCUUGUUGUGACUUAAGACUUGUCCUGACAUCCUCAGCUGCCUUGAGUUAGUGCAGGGUGAACUGUGGCGGCUUUUUCUAGGUAGCAUGAUGUCUCUGGAUCCUUUUCUGUUGCUUUUGCCUCCUUCCGUUCCAGGUCUGUUCUGGCCUCUAGCUUUUGGACUGAGAAGAUGCCAAGAUACUACAGGUCCUGACCCAGAGGCCUCAUUAGAAUAUAGGGAGGUGAUCACAUUGAAAGGUGGCCAUUUCUAUUCAUUUUUCCAGGCUGAUCCUCCCUCUCCCCCUGCAGCUUGCCCUGAAUUUUGUAAGGAUUGCUAAAUAUUGCCUAAGAUUCGGUAUUCUGGAUGGCCACCUCAUACCAGUCAGACCUAAAAGGAAGAUUGAGUCUGAGCCCCUGAAUUGAUCCAGAAUGUGCCUUUUGAAGUGCAGUUGGGCCUUUAAUAUUCCCUAAGGGUUCCUUCCACAGACAUUUCAUGCAUUUAAUGCAUUAGUGCCAAUAUCUUUUUCCCCGAGGGCCAGAUUCAAGAAAUGGCGAGUGCCGGGCUUAGCACAAACUUUCCAGACAAGUAGAGUCGACCAAUUUUUCAGAGACACUCCCUGAGACCCACCAGGUACAGAAGCUCAGAAAGGUUGGGUUCCUUCUGGCAUUUUUAUGUGUACAGGUGAUCCGAUGACGCGUAUUCACAUGAGAUUUUUCUAUUGUAUGUGAUGUUUAAUAAAAAUCUUGAAAUAACCACA